AUGGCCACCGAAGGAACCUUGCAAAGCGUUUCUUUGGCGCUGGACUGGACGGCCAACACAAAUCAUGUGGGCUUUUAUGUGGCACAGGCGUUGGGCUACUACAAGGAGGAAGGCAUCUGCGUGGAGUUUCUAAGUCCCCAUGUUUCCAACUACGAACUGACCCCAGCUUCUCAGGUUUCUGCACGAAAAGCAACUUUCCCUGUUUGUGCAGCUACUCUUAAACAGAGUGGAUUGUGUCGGCCUAGAGAUUUGGAUGGAAAGGUUUAUGCGUCCUACGCAGCAAGAUUUGAAGGCAGAAUUGUCCAGAAACUUAUCCAAGCCGAUGGUGGUGCCGGGAAUUUUGAGGAGGCUACUCCCGACAAGUUGGGAAUCUGGAACACUCUAUUACAAAACAAGGCAGACGCAACUUGGAUUUUUCGAGCUUGGGAGGGUGUGCUGGCGAAGCGCAAAGGCAUCGAACUAAACGAGUUUAUCCUCGAGGAAUACGGGAUUCCUUACUGCUAUUCUCCAGUCGUCAUAGCUCACCCGGACACUCUCGAGGAGAAACCAGACGUUGUGAGGGGAUUCUUACGAGCUUCGGCAAAAGGAUUCGCUUACAGCACAGCAAACAUCGAGUCCUCGGCAAAAACUCUUCUGGCACAAGCUCCCGAGCACCUCGAUGAUUUGGACAUGGUGAUGGAGUCCCUCGAGUUUCUAUCAAAGACUUUUCUCGCCAAUCCAUCGGGCGAAUGGGGGACCAUGGCGAGCGGCAAGUGGUCCAAAUUCUUGGACUGGCUCUCCGCCAACAAAAUGCUCACCACAAGAAUCCAGUCGCGAAAUCCAAAUCCGGGCGUAAGCGUCUCUCUCCGUGAUCUGUUAACAUCAGAUGGAAGCAGCGAAGAACAAAUCCGCGUAAAUGCCAGUGACCUCUUCACAAACAACUUUUUGUAAAGUCUUAAAGGUAUGGAAUAUUCGUCGGAACUUUCGUACA